UUUAAAACCGUUUUUCCCGUACAAUCAAAUGCUGUCACCAUUCGGACCCUCAGAGGUUCUGUGCAUUUUUAUACAUCACCGAGAUUUCAUCGGACUUCGUUCUUCUCCGAUUACUUAUCGUUUGUAAGUGAGAAACGGUGAUUUUACGACGACGACCAUGGAGAUCGCUGACAAGACUGAUUCGAAGGACGCUAAGGCAACAGAUAUGGAGUCCCAGAUUCUGUCGGCUAUGCGGUCUCGCGUUACCUACCUCAGAGAAAAAGCAGACUCCUUCACAUUUGAGAGUGUACGGAGGUUGCUGGAGGAGGAUUUGAAAUUGGAGAAAUAUGCUUUGGAUGUGCAUAAGAGUUUUGUUAAACAACAUCUGGUUGAGUGCCUAGAAGGUGCUGAAGAUGAUGGCACUGCAGAAAAUUCUCAAGAAACAGAGAAGAAAGAUGAUGUAACUCCAACGAAAGAAGCAGCUAAGUUAUCUAAAGAGCACAAGGCAGAAAAAGACGCGAAGGAAGAUAUGACUGAUGAGAAAAUGGAUGCUUCUCCGGUGAUGGGACUUCUGACCGAAGAAAACGCAUCCAAACCUGUAGCUGAGGACAGCAAAGAAGUCCUGCAGAGUGAAAUAAAGAAAGCCCUUAGGAAAAGGUCUUCUUAUAUUAAGGCUAAUUCAGAGAAAAUAACAAUGGGUUUACUUCGUCGACUUUUGGAGCAAGAUCUUAAAUUAGAGAAGUAUUCUCUUGACCCUUACAAAAAAUUCAUUAACGAAGAAUUGGAUGAAGUACUACAAGCUCCUGAUGCUACAAAACCUUCAACUGAGGCUAAGAAGAAAACUGUAACGAAGAAGGUCAAGAGCACAUCAGCUAAAAAGUUAGGCAGUGAAGAUGAAAUCUCUAGCUCAGAUGGUGAGGACGAAGAAGUCAAUGUAAGAAAGAAGACGGCUCAAAAAGGAAAAUUAUUAAAGCCCGAGGGAACCGGAAAGCGGAAACGUGAAAAUAAGAAACUUGCAUCUGCGAAAAAGACAAAACAGAAAGAUUUACAGAGCGACAGUGAAGAGGGAAAUAAUGUAUCCUCUUCUGAAAAAUCUGUGAAGAAGCCAGAAACUGCAACGGCUGGGUACGGGAAGCGUGUUGAGCGUCUUAAAUCAGUCAUCAAAUCUUGUGGAAUGAGUAUUUCUCCAUCAGUUUACAGAAAAGCCAAGCAGGCUCCUGAAGAGAAACGUGAGGAUACAUUGAUAAAAGAACUUACGGAGAUGCUUGCCAAAGAAGGGUUGUCUUCUAAUCCUUCAGAGAAAGAGAUCAAAGAAGUCAGAAAAAGAAAAGAAAUAACAAAGGAGCUUGAGGGUAUCGAUACAAGCAACAUCGUCUCAAGUUCACGGAGAAGAUCUAGCGCAAGUUUUGUGCCUCCUCCAAAGCCGAAAAAGACAGAAGAAAGCGAGAGCGAUGAAUCAGAAGAUUCUGAGAAUGACGAGGAAGAGGAAGAAGAAGAUGGAGAAGAAGAAGAAGAAGAAGAAGAAGAAGAACAAGAACAAGAACAAGAACAAGAACAAGGAGAAGAAGAAGAAGAAAAAGAAGGAGACGAAGAAAAAGAAGAAAAAGAAGGAGAUGAAGAAGUGGAAGAAGAAAAAGAAGUAAAAGAAGAAGUGAAAGAAGAGGAAGGAAAACAAGGUGAAGAAGAUGGCAUGGAGGUAACUCAAACCGGAGGAGAGCCAAAAACUGGGGAUGGUGGUGAAGAGGAAGGCGCAUGAUUUUACGAUCUCUGACUUUUCUUAGCUUUGUCGCAGGAGCAAUGUAGCUUAGUUUUAUCUAUGUUGUGAUAUUUUGUACUCUGUUUAAGUGUUCAUCAUAAUCAUGAUAAUAGUCAUAGGAUAUGAAUUUUAAGACAUGCAUUAUGUAAUACUGGAUUAGAAUCGACUUAAAUUUAUAAUGGACAUGAUUUUACCAAAAA